GAAAAUGGAGUGCAUCCUAAGCUUUUGUGGAAAGUGCUGGCAUUCUUGUAUCCACAGAAGAAAUGUGUUAACCCUUUUAAGUCUGACAGGUGUUUUCCUGGGUGUAGGUAUGGGUGCAAUUUUGAGGACCUACGCCAAGCUGACAAAGUUUCAAAGAAUCUAUAUCGGCUUCUCAGGAGAAAUACUGAUGCGGAUGCUUCAGUUGGUCACUGUUCCUCUCAUUGUGUCAAGUGUGAUUAUGGGAAUAUUGUUGGUAGUGGUGAUCAAGCCUGGGAUGACACUGUUUUUGAUGAUGACGAUGAUGAAGCCUUCUCAACAGUGGAUGUCUUGUUGGAUCUAAUAAGAAAUAUGGUGCCAAAAAACCUGGUUCUGUCAAGCUUUAAACAUUACAAGACCCAGAAGGUGUUGGUGAACAUUGAAUCAGACAAUAACAAUUCUACCUCUGACACGGAAGAGACGCAAGUACGUCUAGUGGGCAAAUACAUUGAUGGACUUAAUACACUGGAGGUGAUUGGAAUGUCUUUUAUUUUUGGCCUGGCCCUCCGGAACAUGGGCGAAACAGGGAAACUCCUCAUGGAUAUCAUCAGCGCCGUUAACGAAGCCACCAAGGAAGUGGUUAAGAUGAUAAUUGGGUACACUGAUAUAGUUCCUACAAGGAGGCCAUUCAACACCUAAGAGAUAGCAUGCAAAGAUUUAAAUUAUAUAGGUGGACUGAUUUCCUGAUUGUCAUACACUAUCAAAAACAAAUCAUUUUUUCAGGGUGUAAAAACUAACACAUUUAAUGUUAACUGGCUUUUCAA